CCGCAUCACCGAAACCAAAGAAGACGAAAUCUUUCAGCCGAACUCAAGGAAUAUGCUGCCCCGUAGAGCGCAGCCUAUAUGACCCACAACGCCGCCUCCCAUAUCCAUCCAAUCCCAUCCCAUCCUCCAUCCUCCAUCCUCCAUCCAGCCUCAAGCCUUCAUUCAUGGAUACCAGCAAAUCACCAACACCCAACUAUCAAGACGUCGAUCCCGAAUUUGAAUGGUCUCAACAGGAAGGAUCCUACACUCUUCGCGUCCAUCUCCCAGGGUUCAAAAGGGAGAACCUCCGUGUGCAGUUGGACGACGACGGCAACCUGAUGACGAGCGGCGAGCAACCACUCGACAGCAUUCGGAGGAUCCGGUUCAACAAGGUAUUCAAGAUCCCAGAGGACUGCAACGUGGAUGGCAUCCAUGCCAAGUUCGAGAACGGAGUCCUUUACGUGAUCCACCCGAAAGUGAAGACCACCAGACUAGCUGAUGAUUCCCAGCGUGGGCCAUCACCGGUGGCUAAGCCGGCCGAGGCCGAGACACAACCAGCGGCUGGGCAGCAGCAAGAAGAGCGAAAGAGCAGCGAGUUGGUGGAUACUGCUCAAAAGGAUGCGGAGAAGAUCGCGGAGAAAGAGAAGGAUCGCACCGCCGGGCCUGCACGAAACGGAAAGGUUGCGGGCGAUGUUAGGGGCGACGAGGGUACCGACAACGGUAUUAAAGCGGUUGAUGAGGGGAGAAUGGAGCCAAAGCCAGAGCACGUGACGGCAGAAGGUGUCGGUGCCGCAAGCGUGGCGGAGACGGUGAGAUAUGAUAACGGUAGACCUUUGGGGGAUCCUACGAAGCCAAUGCAGCCGCUGUGGAAUGUUGCUGCGGCUAUCCUGGUGCUGGCGUGCCUUGCGAUGUAUAUGGCCUAUAAGCUCGGGAAGGCCUCGCGCUGAUGGAAUCUAGGAUUUUACGUGUCAUCUCCAAAUGAGAGCAUAGUCUGUAGUUUAUUAAAAAAAAAGUUAAUAUAUUGAUUAAUGAAAUAAGACUAAGAAGACGAGCAUUGCGCUUUCUAUUCA